CGACGACAACGACAAGCCCUCGCCGAGAGACGUCGGUUGCCUACAUAAGAACGGAUACACUACCGCCGUUCUCUCGCCCGUCCACCACAGCAACGCACAGCACGCAGAGGUCAUUCCCCACUGGAACGAUCACCAUCCUUUCACCUUAUCACCCUGCAAUCACUUCACCAAAAUGGAUGUAUCCGACCUAACCGACCGCCUCCUUCUCGCCAUCCCAAAGAAGGGCCGGUUAAACGAACACUGCCUGACUCUCCUCAAAGGCGCCGAUAUCCAGUUCCACCGCCGCAACCGUCUGGACAUUGCCCUCUCUACCAACCUACCCCUCGCUAUCGUGUUCCUGCCAGCUGCUGACAUUGCGACGUAUGUGGGCCGCGGGAAUGUAGACUUGGGCAUCACGGGCGAGGAUGUGAUUGCAGAAGCUGUCGCUGAGGAUGUGGAGGCGGGUGCGAGUAAGGAUGAGGCGAAGGUUACAGUUCUGACGAAGCUAGGGUUUGGGAAAUGCAAGUUGUGUGUGCAGGUGCCCGUGGCGAGCGGGUUCAAAACGGCCAAGGACCUGGUGGGCAAGCGGAUCGUGACGAGUUUCGGAAACGUCUCAAGAAGUUUUUUUGAUGCGCUGGAGGCCGGAGCGUCGGAAGAGGAAGCCGCUCGGGCGCUCAUUGCGUUCUUUUCCACGACAUCAUCUUCCGCACCGGGGGGAACAGCCACCGCCAUCUCCACAUCAUCGACCACCACAAUCCACCACGCCAGCGGCUCCGUCGAAGCCGCCUGCGCCCUCGGUCUCGCCGACGGCAUCGUCGACCUCGUCGAGUCUGGCGAAACCAUGCGCGAAGCCCGUCUCCACGCCAUAUCCACCCUCCUUACCUCCGAAGCCGUGCUCAUUGCCAACAGCGCAAAAUACCGCUCUACCAACCCCGCAUCCGCGCACCUAGCCUUAAUCGACACCCUCCGCCGCCGCAUCGAGGGCGUCGUCUCUGCCCAGAAGUACCUGCUGUGCAACUAUAACAUUCACCGCGAGAAGGUCAAAGAGGCGAUCAAGAUUACCCCGGGGAGGAAGGCGGCGACUGUGAGUCCGUUGGAGGAUAGCGAGUGGGUGGCGGUGAGCGCGAUGGUGCUCAAGAGUGAGGCGGCGAGUGUUAUGGAUAGGUUGGAGGCGGUGGGCGCUUCGGAUGUGUUGGUGUUUCAGAUUCAUAAUUCGAGGGUUGUUUGAUGGAUGGGGCGAUGUUUGAGCGAGGUCCGGCGUAUGGAUCGCGUUUGGGCUUGCCGUCGGCGCUGGGUGCGACUGAGCGAGGGAUGCGAUACAGCGGUCGGAUGGAAGGCGUAGAAGACUGUUCCGAGGAUAGAGUGCCGUAGCGAGUGGUCCGAUGGCGUUAUAGUUAAAGGUCCUUCAGCUUUAUUUGAGAUAGCGGUAUCGUCAGCAGUCGCUAGCGUCGCAUGUACAAUCCCCCUCGUCCUUCAUUCUGUUUAUUUGCAAGAAUGGUAUCACUCACAGACUAGCGCGCAGUGGAAAGGUUGGCCG